UCACGUUUUUUGGCUAUCAGGAGCGUGCUGCAGCAAAGCUUGAGCUCCUCGUGCAAAGACUGCCCACCAACGUGAGUGCGUCCUCGGCAGAGAUAAUCACUUGCUUGCACCAGCCAACUACACCCGCAAACAACAGACAGCGACUGCACCAUGAAGCUCUCGCUAGCCCUCCUCGCAGCAUGCAGCGACGCCCUCAUCGCGCCGCCCGCACCGAAGCCAACGAAAACGCAGCUCCGCGCCGUCGCCGCGCCCCAGGACUCCUACAAGAUCACGUUGCUACCGGGCGACGGCAUCGGCCCCGAGAUCACGACCGCGACGGUCAAAGCUUUAGUGGCGGCGGGCAAGACCAAGGGCGUCACCUUUGACUUCGACGAGCAGUUGUUGGGCGGCUGCGCCAUUGAUAAGGAGGGCACGCCCUGGCCGGACAAAACCUUGAAGAGUUGCCAGGCGGCGGACUCGAUCUUGAUGGCGGCGAUCGGCGGGCCCAAGUGGGACGGCAACCCGCGCGAAUUAAGACCGGAGACUGGACUAUUAGCGAUGCGCCAGCAGCUCGGGCUGUUCGCCAACCUCAGACCGGCGAAGGCCAUCCCGCAGUUGUUGGAUGCCUCGUCAUUAAAGAGAGAGGUGGUUGAGGGUGUGGACAUCAUGGUCGUGCGCGAGCUGUGCGGCGAUGUGUAUUUUGGCAAGCCCGCGGGCAUCUACACCGACGAUGCUGGUGUGAGAUGGGGCCAGAACAACAUGAUUUACUCCGAGCCCGAAAUUGAAAGAAUUGCGCGCGUCGCCAUGGACGUGGCCCAAAAAAGACAAGGGCGGUGCUGCUCCAUCGACAAGGCGAACGUGCUGGACGUGUCGCAGCUCUGGAAGGACGUCGUGAUUCGCGUGCAUGGGGAGUGCGGGCAAGGCGUCGAGCUUUCUCAUAUGUAUGUAGAUAACGCGGCCAUGCAAUUAGUCAGGUGGCCGAAGCAGUUCGACACGAUCGUCUGCGGCAACAUCUUCGGGGACAUCUUGAGUGAUGAGGCGUCGAUGCUCGUCGGAAGCUUGGGCAUGUUGCCGAGCGCGUCGCUCCCCUCAGAAGGUCCCGGCGUCUUCGAGCCCAUCCACGGCUCGGCCCCGGACAUCGCGGGCACGGACGCGGCGAACCCGCUGGCCAUGAUCCUCUCCGCGGCGAUGAUGUGCCAGUACGAUUUGCUGCAACCGGACCUCGCGAAGCUGCUCGAGGACGCCGUCGAGGCGGUGCUCGACGCGGGCUACCGCACGAGGGACAUCGUCAACGAGGGCAACGCCGACGAGACGUUGGUCGGCUGCAAGGAGAUGGGCGACCUCGUCGCCGCGAAAGUUGCCGAGUUGGCCGCGUAAGAACAACUAGAACUUACCCCUGGUUGGUCGACGGCGUGGA